CGGAAGUGGUUUUGAUUGCGGAAGUGCAGAGCUGCUGAAGGCGCUGCCCACAGUAGCAGUCUGGUUUAGGACCCUGUUAUUUGAUCGCAUUUUGAUCCAGCUGUAUGUAGGCCUCUGGGAGCUUCGGUUAACAGCUCGAUCGGUGUUCCAGGUUGAGCUGCCGUGAUGGCGGACCACACUGACGUCAGCCUGCAGCCGGAGGAGCGAGUCCGAGCUCUGACCAAGAAGGGAAGCUCCGUGGAGGUGAACGACGACGUUCCUCCGCGCCGCUACUUCCGCUCCGGCAUGGAGAUGAUCCGCAUGGCUAACGUGUACACAGAGGAGGGCAACAUCGAGCACGCCUUCGUCCUUUACAAUAAAUACAUCACGCUCUUUAUAGAAAAACUUCCAAAGCACCGGGAUUACAAAACAGCAAACAUCCCUGAGAAGAAGGACACACUAAAGAAACUGAAGGACGUGGCGUUUCCUCAGGCAGAGGUUCUGAAAAAAUCUCUUCUGAAGAGAUUUGAUCAAGAGUAUGCACAGUACCUCGUCAAAAAGAAAGAGGAGGACGAGGCCAUGGCGAAGGAGCAGUCCAAGCAGCGGGCGCUGGACGCUGAGCGGGAACGCGUGGCGGAGAUGCAGCGGCGGCAGCGGGAGCAGGAGCAGUUCAGUGCCUUCGAGGCGAUGAUACGCCGCCAGGAGCUGGAGAAGGAGCGUCAGCGUGUGCUCUUGGAGUUUGCUACCCCUGCUACACCUUCCCCUGAUCUGCCCCUCAUCCCAGGCAUCCAAGGCCCCUCACCGGUCUCCCCCUCCGCCCCCCAGAGCCCAGGGGACCUCACCGGCAACAACCAAUACCCCCGCCCUCAAUCAACCAGCGGCCCGCCCACCUUCGACCGCUCGCUGAAGCCGGGCUCUCUGGUCAGCCCCGGGAACAACAAUACAAUGGUGGAUGCCCUGCGGCAGUUGGCUGUCCCCGCUGAGCUGUGCCGGAGCUUUCUGAGGCUGGCCGAGUCCAACACAAGCCGAGCUGUAGAAACUUGUGGCAUCCUGUGUGGCAAACUGACGAGAAAUGCGUUCACCGUGACCCACGUCAUCGUACCAAAGCAGUCUGGGGGACCCGACUAUUGUGACACAGAAAACGAGGAGGAACUCUUCCUCAUACAGGACCAGUACGAUCUCAUCACCCUCGGCUGGAUACAUACUCACCCCACACAGACGGCCUUCCUGUCCAGCGUGGACCUCCACACACACUGCUCCUACCAGAUGAUGCUGCCGGAGGCCAUCGCUAUCGUCUGCUCGCCCAAGUUCAAUGAAAUCGGCUACUUCAGAUUGACAGAUCGAGGAACAGAGGAGAUCUCCACGUGUAAACAGAAAGGCUUUCACCCUCACAGCAAAGACCCCCCUCUAUUUACACACGCAGCCCACGUCAACAUCACAGACGACACUGUGUCCAUGAUGGAUCUGCGGUGAUCGUGUUGUUAUUCCUUCUCCACCAGAACACUCACAGACUGUUUUAAAAAAAACAAAAAAACACUGCAGACAUUAAACUGGAGAAAACACUCUUGUUGUUUUAUAAGGACGGCACUGAGCAGACGCCGGAUGCGUUUACCAUUUUUAUGGACUCUAAUUGUUUUCAAAGGGGGAUGACAUUGUGAACUCUUUUUCUUUUUUUUUUUGCUCUUAAAGAAAAAAACAACAUAUUAUUGCACUUUCCAGGCAAACAACUUCUACCCGCUUCAUGGACCGGUGAAGCUCUGGCUCUUCAACCCCUCUGCUCUGUCAGUGUGUGCUCAUAAUCCUCACUGUUCCAUUUGUUUCAGCCAUUAUUAAAAGACAUGUACGUCUCUGUGUGAAGUGUCCGGUAAUCCAAUCCUUGUUUGUCAUCAAAGUUUGGUUCAGCCUGAGAGAUUAAGUGCCAAGGAUAAGAUCAUUCUCAUGUCGGCGAGUUGUUUGUUGUGCAUCACGAAGUCUUUGUUGUUCCUUCGUCUCGUUGUGUUUCCCUCAUAAGCUGUUGAAGUGCUCUGAGUGACGAGAGAAAAAACAGCCAGUUGUAACUCAGGUAUGCAGGCAGAGCUACUGCUCUGUAUUAUAUUUUUAUAUACAAACACUCUCACUCCACGGUAUCCUUUAUCCUUAAAGGGUUUUGUUGAAGUUUAACCCCCUGCUUAUGAUGGAUCCAUCACCUUCCUGUCUUUAUUUCCUCAUUCUUCCUUUGUGUUUCUUCGGGGGAAGCUUUCGGUUAAACCCUCUAAAAAGUGUCUGAGCUUCAGAGAGAACGUGCAACAGGAAAUCUGAAUGUACCUUCUGCUACACGUUACUAACUGCCUGACUAUGUUUCAUGCCUCUUAACUGUUUCUGUUUGCUCCCUUCUCUUGAGAGAAGAAGUAAAUGAUUAGCCAUAAAUGUGAGAAAACCUACAAAGAAUCAAAUGCCAAGAAAAAUAAACUCAUUGUAGAUUAA